AGCCGUCGCCGAAGCUGCCAAAUCUAAAACCGAGGCGUUCUUGUUAUUAUAGAAACACGAUGUCUAAUAAAACUGGUGAGCGCAAAUUGUCUUGUGUUCAUCCAGUAAGUGAUCUGGGAGCUCAAAUGACCUAUGACCUGGCGUCCGGAGGUAUAAAAAUGGCGCUGCUAAAUCUGCCUUAUCACUUAAUAUUUGGCGUCCACUUGGACCAUCUAGUUAGUUAAUUAUAAGAAUAUUAUACUCCUAUUUUUGUACACUUCAUCGCAUUUCAAGAGCAAAAUACACAAGGUACGUAACACAAAUAAUAUGUAUUUUUCUAUGAAAGUAAUUAUGUACUACAUCGUCACUUAGUAGCCAGAGAACAAGCUAUGCUUAGCUCAAAACCGUAGCAAUCGGUGUAAUAUUUUCCCCGUAAUAUUUAAACUGACUUAUAUUUUGAAUUAAUAAAAAGGAGAUUUUCCAAAAAAAAAACAAGAGUAUAUUUUUGCUCCCUUUUGCCUGAAUUCAAUUUAUUUUCUUGUAUUGUAUGAUAUUUUUCAUAGUUAGUCCCAUUGUUAUUUCAGCAAAAUCUGAUGAUGAAUCCUGAAGAAAUCUAGGGAACAUUUCAAAUAUGGGAACACUAUACAGAUUUGCUUUCUUUUUUAUAGCAGUUACCUAAAUAGUGCAUUUGCUAUCGAAAAACACCAUUUGCUGAAGUUAAACUACUGAUAAGACCACAAAAUGAUCGCAAACUGUUUUUGUAAAGUCUGUAAUGUUUUUUUUAAAUAACUAGUUUAAGGAUUAUUAUUUUAUUUAAGCGUACUGUCAAUUUUCAGCCGCACAAUGCCGCAGCAGCUGGCAUGGCUCGUACUCUUCAUGUUGUUUGGUGGGUCACGGCUGGAAGAAGUCACCGAUGGUUCGAAACGAUCAUACUGCACCGUCGAUUCUCACAAAAACACUUAUCUUCAAGACAAUUCCACAUUCGACUACAUAGUGGUGGGUGCAGGCGGCGGCGGUGUGCCAGCAGCGGCACGGCUCGCGCUCGCCGGCGCUGAUGUACUGCUCAUUGACGCCGGAGGUGACCCCAGCCUCUUUACCAAGAUUCCUGGAAUGGCCGUUAUGUUGUUGGGAUCCGAGAAAGAUUGGGCGUACCCGACCAUUUCUAAUAAUGUUUCAUGCCUAUCGUCGCAGCAGCAACAAUGCCGCUUCAGUCGCGGGAAGUGCCUCGGCGGCUCUACAAGUAUCAAUUAUAUGAUGUACACGCGAGGCAACCGGCGCGACUACGAUGAUCUUGGCAUCAAAGGCUGGUCCUGGCAAGACCUCAAACCAUACUUCCUCAAGUACGAAGGCUUGCAAGACUUGGAUAAGCUACCAGCAACUUCUAUUCCCUAUCACAACACCAAUGGAACUAUGAAAAUAGAAUUCUUCGGCGACUCCGAAAACUCUUGGCAUUCAAGAAUAGUACAAGGUUUUCAAGCUCUUAAUGUUUCUUUUAAUCCCGAUGUUAACGCUGAGUCAGAAAUCGGGGUGACGCAAGUUAUUGGGUACGUGUACGAAGGCGAGCGAAUGAGCACGGCUCGCGGAUACUUAGCUCGCAACGACGUCAAGAGAGUACUGAAGGUCGCGAAGGACACACAGUGCACCGGUGUCAUCUUUGACGACAUGAAUAACGCGAUAGGAAUCAAGGUUAUAACAAAAAAAGGGUCAACAAACAGGAUUCUUCGACUCUACGCAAAGAAGGAAGUAAUUCUAUCGGCGGGGACCAUCGGGACUGCGCAAAUACUAAUGCUUUCCGGCAUAGGACCGGCGGCUCAUUUAAAUAGUCUAGGUAUUCCUGUACGUGCCGAUCUACCCGUAGGCGAUAACAUCAGCGAUCAUGUGCUACCUCUGAUAUACAUACCGGUUCCUCAGGGACACGAUGCGCCAAGAAUAAAUCCUUUCAGCGCUUACAGCAAUUCUCUAGAUUUAUUAAAGUGGUGUAAAUCGCGCACGGGGACGUUAGCGUCCAACGGAGUUACUGACAUCACUGCAAUGCUCAACUCUCACUGCUAUGACUUUGCCCAGCGCAAGCUGAUCUACAACAGCUCCGACUGCGAGCUCCCCUCACUACAAAUGGUCCAUUCGUUUAUAGAGUACAAUCAGAUUCCAGGCAAAGAGAACCUCGUUCAAAGAACGACAGGUUUAAAUAUGGACAUUAUCCAACAGCUUAGCGCCACAAACAAGAACCAGGCCAUAAUUGUGGCCACACCCGUCGUGCUAAGACCAUAUUCUCGCGGAACUAUCCGUCUGGCUAGUACUGAUCCUUUAAAACAUCCUGCUAUUUUUCCGAAUUACCUGUCGGACAAGCGGGACGUCGAAGAGAUGCUGCGCAGUAUUACAAUCCUGGAGCAUCUGGUAGAAACGCCGGAGUACGCGGCGCGCAACGCGUCUAUCCUGCACUUGAGACUGCCAGGCUGUCUGGAGUACUCGGAAGACCGUGAGGGGUACUGGACUUGUUAUAUUCGGCACUUGACGUACUCUGUAUUCCACGCGGUGGGCAGCGCGCCGCUGGGGGCAGUGCUGGAUGAGGAACUGCGCGUGCGUGGGGUGGCGCGCCUGCGCGUGGCCGACCUCAGCGUGCUUCCGGAACUGCCUCGCGGCAAUACUGCCGCCGUCGCUAUAGCCAUCGGUGAGCGCGUCGCCGAUUUCAUAUUGAAGGGAGUCAAGGAACAAUGAUUUCUUACCGCGCAACAUGCACUCAUCUAACAUAUUCAUAACACCCGAGUGCGGCUCAGUCACAGCAUACGACGCUUAAUUUUACAGGUAAAAAAAUAGACGAGGAAACAAAUUGUCUACUUAUUUUUUUCUUUUUUCCUCAUUUGCCUAAGUAUAAGGGCUCCAUUCGUUACGAAGUAUCACUGUUCUGAUAAGUAUUCUUGUUGUUUAUUAUAUUGAAUAAAACCACUAGUUCGGAGGGGUUCUAUUAAUUAUCUGUUAAAACUAAUAAAAUUGUAACAGGCCAUUAA